AUGGUCAAGAUGGUAUUUUGUGCUUCUGAUGAUGGUGAUAUUAUCACUGUUAAAGCUGAUGAUGGUGCUGAUACCGUCACCUUCACGUUCGAUAGCCCUAUCUUGUACAAGAGGGAAAACAUGGGUUACACUAGGUUGUACUUGGCUCCCCGUGUUGUAGAAGAGGUGGCUAGACCUUCCGAGAGUGAGCGUAAAGUAAAUUCCGAGACUAAAGAUGAUGUCGAGCCGCCUGAGAUGGAGAUCAAGUCCAGAAAAGCGUCCAAUCUCGGAGAAGGAAAUGAAGUAAAGGUUGAAGAAGAAGCUAAGCUGGAGAAGGUCAAAGGUGAUAAUGAAAGCUAA